UCCACCCACACCUAUGAUAGACUAAUCAAUAUAGUUGGCAUUAUCAAUGAAUUUACAAAUGGUGUUGCAAUUAUUUUGGAUAAAGUUAAAUGUGGCCGAUACAUCUCAUUCGACUCUGAAUCAUUAAAGUAUACUGGCCAUUUAUUUUUAUUUUCAAAAAUAUUGAAACCAACACAAGAAAACAAGGUUUUUUACCACCAACUGUUCAAUAAAUACCCAAAGUAUUUCCUUCUUCCAGAGAGACUUCUGCCAGUAAUAGUCAAUGGUCACAAUAUAUUUGCUUUUGGCCUAUUUGUAGAAUAUUUUAAUUUUUCAAAAAACCAAGUCAAGGAAAUUUUAAAGAAAGAAUUACCAGAUUUUAAAAUUCAACAUUAUCAAUCUUUCAAAAUCUUUCAAUAUUUAAAAGAGAAUUAUUCAUUACCAGAAAGCAAUGAUGAGUUAGAUAUUAGAACUCUCAGUUUAUUUAACUCCACUUUCAAAUUUAAGCAACUUAUCAAACUAUGCAAAAUAAUAACAAAAUAUCGACUAUAUGAUAAUAACUUUAGUAAAUUUAGAGAUAUAUCAACCCCAAAUCAAAAAAAAUUUAUUAAAAAUAAAAUUUUAAGUUUGGAAGAAAUUGAACAAAUUGAAAAUAUUUUUACAAAACAACAAUUAAAUUUAACAAUUAUAGAUUUAAUAAAAUCAAUAUAUAGUAAUAAUAAUAAUAAUAAUAAUAAUAAUAAUAAUAAUAAUAAUAAUAAUCUUUUCAGUAUUAAUAGUAUUAUUUCUACAAAUUUACCUUCCUCUUCCAAUAAUAACUCAAAUAAUAAUAAUAAUAAUAAUAAUAAAUUAAAAAAUUUAAUUUUUAAAUUUGUUAAAAUGUUUUAUUCAAUUUCUAAAAUCGAUAAACCACCUAGAUAUUAUAUAAUGUUUAAGAGUCCAGACUAUAUUAAAAAGAAGUUUAAAGAAAAAAAUUUAAAGAUCUAUGAAUACUAUGAAGAGUAUUUAGAAAGAUGUUAUUCAACUUCAGAACAAAUAGAGUUUAUAGAAGAACAAAUCCAAGACUAUAGAAGACACGAAUCACAGAAAGAAGAAAAUAUGAGAAUUAAUAAACUCGUUUCAUUAUUUGAAAACGAAGAAAAGAGUGAAGAGGGCCUAGAUCCCCAUGAUGAUUCAAGUGAACCAGAUUUUUUUGAAAUAAACUCUGAUGAACUCGACGAAGAUAUUAAUUUAAAUCAAGAAGAGAAUUUAGUAUCAGAGGCUUUCAUCGAUUUUUUUAAUGAUAUCGAAAAGAAAGAUGAGCAUUUUCCAAUACUUAAUUUAAUAUUAGCAGUUUUAGAGUUGGAUAAUAUUAAAUCAAUUCGAUAUAUCUUCAACAAUCAUUUCGAUACCGCAAAAACCUUUCUCUACUCAUAUAGAAAAGAACAUAUAAAAGCUAUAAAAUCUACCAAAACUUUAGAUUUCUUUUUCGAUACUUUUCAUCUAAAUAAUUUUUUAUUCCAAGACCGAAACUCCUAUUGGUAUUACCUCACAAGCUUGCCACUUAUCGAACAUUAUGAACAGAAAAUGGGUUCACUAAAUAGAAUCUUAACAAUUGACAACCAUCCGUCUAACUAUGAAAUUAAUGGUAUACCCCCGGAGGAAAAAGAAAAUUCAUUUUCAUUAGAAUUAUUACUUCGAGGUUUAUCAAAAACAAGGCCAUCAAUCAAAAUAACAGAUACUACUCCUAAAACCACUACCACCACUACCACCACUACCACCACUACUGUCCCUGCAAAACCCAUAUCAAAUCCUAAUAAUCUAUCCAUUAAAGAUAAAUUUCUCAAUAGUGAUUAUUCCCAAAAUAGUACCGCUACUUUUAACAGCACUUUCUUUAACAGCAGCAACAACCACUACUUUGAUACUAACAGUAGUAACCACUUCCUUAAUAAAAACAAAAACAAUUAUAAUAGUAAUAAUAGCCUUUUCUUCGAUAUCAACAAAAAUAUUAAUAAUUUCAAUAAUCUCAGUAAUUUGAAAAAUCUCAAUCCCAAAAUCAAUAAUAACAAUGAUAUUAAUAUUUUCAACAACAGCAAACCAAUUUAUGCAAUUGGAAACAUUUCAAUUAAUAGCUUUUCAAAAUUAUUUGAAGAAUGUAUUAUUAAACAUAAACAAGAUCUUAUAAUAUCUGCUUUUAUUAAUUUUAAUGUAGGAAAAAUCAAUUUUGAUAAAAUCUUUUCAGAUAAAAUUAUUGUAUCAAAACUCCACAAGAUUGGUCAUUGGGUAUUUUCAAAUUGUGAAAAUAUACCAGAUAUUACAUCACAUAAAGUAAGAUUACCCGUUAAAUUCAAUCAAGAUGGGCAAGAAAAAACCAUAAUCAUUAAAAUGAUGUUAUCACAAAUGGUUAGACUACUCUAUGCCUGCGGUAGAUUCAGUGAAAUAUUUAAAAUUAAAAUACCAAUCGUCUUAAGUAGAAUUUUCUUUAUACCUUUAAUUGAGGUCGUAUCAUUCUCAAUACAUUACAGUGUCCGUUUUAUAGAAGAAAUGAUCAAAUACUUUUACAGAAGCAAAGAAUCAAUUAAAAUACAAAAACCAAUUUCAGAAGCAAAUGUUAUUUUAUCAGAAGACCAUGAACAUAUUAUCGAAAAAAUCAUUUUAAUUAGCUUCCAUAUGGCUGCAGUAAAAGGAAAUUUACCAAUUUUUAAUUUUGUAUUUCUUAAAUUUCCAAAUUUCUUAAAAAAGAAAAUUAAAAACAACAACAACAACAUCCAUAAUGAGGGUAUUUAUGAUAUAAAAGAAUUAAAGGAAAUAUUAAGAAUUGCAUUGGUUUCAAAUUCUCUUGAAAUUAUUCAAAUUUUAUUAAAGUGUGGAAUUACAAAAACCAAAAAAGAAGUUCAAGCAUUACCAGGCACAAGUUUAGUUUUAGAAUAUUUUAAAAAUGAUUUUAAAUAA